AUGAGCUCCACCAACUUUGCCCAGGCCCAGCAGCGCCUGGCUGCCCGCCGACAAGCUCGCGAACGACAGACGCAGGCGCAAAUCGCCGCGCGCCGCGACGCAUCCCGCGCCUGGUCGCAGGUAUCGCGACUGCCUUUCCCUUUCAACCGCCUCGGUGCCUCGUCUCUAUCUACGUGGGAGGUCCUGUCCUCGAGAGAGGGCACGAGGCCUGCAUUCCGGGUCGGGCAGGUCGACGCCGAGCUCCUGGACGAGGAGCUCGUCGAUCUGCUGCGCGACCAAGUCGGCGACGCCCUCAAAUACUUCAACGGCAACAUUAAAGAUGAUUGGUCAGCAGAGAUCAUCUUGGCCCUUCGAGCUAUACUUUUCAAGCUCACCGUAUGGGACCACGACGCUACGUACGGCGCUGCCCUACAGAACCUGAAGUUUUCCGAUGCGCGACGGUCGGAUUCAGUCCUGGUACCUCCUAGCAGGUGGCAAAAGGCAUUGUACGGCCUUAUCACCGUCGGAGGUAAAUACGGUUGGACUAAGUGGGAGAACUGGUUGUUGGACCAGGAUAAUGGCUACGACCCUCCUACGCCCUGGGUCAACAGACUCUCGGCGAUGACAACUAGGUUAACGACUGUCCACUCGCUGGCUGCCUUUGCCUCUUUCCUUGUCUUUCUGCUACAUGGGAGAUAUCGAACACUCCUCGACAGAAUUCUGCGGCUACGACUAGUCCCCCCGACCAGCCAGGUCAGCCGCGAGGUCUCAUUCGAGUAUCUUAACCGGCAGCUCGUCUGGCAUGCUUUCACUGAGUUCUUGCUCUUCGUACUACCUUUGGUUGGGAUCAACCGGUGGCGAAGAUGGCUGAGCAGGACAUGGCGGAAGACCAAGGAGAUCGUCCACAUCAACACGGAUGACGAAAAAAGCACCAAGCAGGGCGAACUCGCGUUUCUCCCCGAGAGAACGUGUGCCAUAUGCUACCAAGACCAGAACUCGGCCACUUCCGAGACUGAGGUUCUCGCAGCUGCCGCAUCAGGCGGAGUCAUAGGCUCGGCACAGACAGAUAUCACAAACCCGUACGAGACCGCCCCGUGCGGUUGCAUCUACUGCUUCGUUUGCCUGGCCACGAGGUUGGAGCGAGAAGAAGGGGAGGGCUGGACCUGCCUGCGCUGCGGCGAGCUGGUGAAGGAGUGCAAGCCGUGGAGUGGGGACGUGCUGGAAGAGCCCGUCAAGUCGCGGUCCUCCACCCCGAAGCACGUGGGCUUCGCCGAGGACGUCAAGGCGCCCGCAUCGGAGCACGGCGGAGAGGACGAGGAGGAAGAUGAUGAUACCCCCUCACACAUCUCUGGGGACGACCCGGCCGGGCAAGAUGACCCGCCUGAAACAGACAGCUCUGAAGAUACGGACUCGGAGAUCUACGAGCAGGAGGAGGAUGGCGACGCGGAGUUUGAUGAUGAUUGA